CCUGAUCGAUAAGAUCACUAUCUAGUGAUACAACAUUUUUCUAAUUCAAUUUUCACCAUACUCUGUUUAGAUGGCUGAGAAUAGAGAGGUCAUAUUUUAAUUUAAGCAACUAAUUUAUAGAUAAAUUAGAUAAAUUAUCCAGUAAGCAUAUUUGCUGCCAAAAGUCUCCACUCCUAAGCUUCAAGUGGAUGGGUUGCUUUGUUUAGGUAAGCUAAACCUGAAGACGAAAAAAUUAUUUUCAUUCCCAACCAAAACACUGGAAAUGAGAAGAGCAACAACUCCAUUCCAUCAACUCCUAUUUCAGAACCCAAAACUAUAGUUAUAUAUACAUAUAUUGGCAAUACCUUCAAUGCAUCAACAAAACAUCAAGAGAACUGCUGAUAUUUGCCUGCUCCUUAUAAUCUUUUUCAUGGAUAGUCACAGCUUUCUUUCUAUCAUAAACAAAGCCAAGGUCACAGUCUAUCUUCUGUUCCUGACCCUCGCUGUUGCAAUUGCCACCUCAGCUCGGAAGCUAGAUGAAGAACCAGCAGUUCCGGUGGUGUCCCCACAGCCGCUCCCUACAUCAUUUGCACCUGCACAACCUAAUCCUAGUGUUGCUGCAGCCACAGCCACUAGUGCCUCAACAGUCAACGCUGACAAUACCUUAACCUUCUUCAUGCAUGACAUCCUUGGUGGGUCAAAGCCAACAGCUAGAGCAGUGACCGGCAUAGUCAGCAAUCCGGCAGUCAGCGGUCAAGUCCCGUUUGCCAAACCCAAUGGUGCAGUCCUUCCAGUGGACAACGGGGUGCCCCAAAACAACAACAAUAAUGGCCUUAUAAACAACAAUAACCUACCAUUCCUUACAGGCCUCAGUGGAACUACAGCAAAUGUGCUACAAAACAAUGGUAAUAAUAACUUGAUCAACUUCCCGGUUGUCAAUGGAGACCAACUUCCAUCCACUCUCCAACAGCUCAUGUUCGGAACGAUUACUGUGAUCGAUGAUGAGCUAACCGAAGGGCAUGAUUUAAGGUCAGGAUUUGUAGGCAGGGCACAAGGGUUCUAUGUGGCUAGUUCUGUGGAAGGCACCAGCCAAACUAUGGCAUUUACAACUAUGUUUCAGAGUGGUCAUUAUGAGGAUAGCCUUACCUUUUUUGGGGUUCACAGGACUGCUGUGUCUGAGUCUCAGCUUGCUAUUAUGGGUGGCACUGGAAAGUAUGUUAAUGCCAAGGGUUUUGCCAUUGUUAAGACCUUCCCUGCUACUAAUCAGCAUGAGACUGAUGGUGUUGAGACCCUGCUGCAGUUUACGGUCUAUGUUAGUUAUUAAGUCUGUGUUUGAUGGGUAUUACAAUUGUCAGAUUUUUCUAUGAAAGUUGUAACGUGUAGUACUGAAGGAUGAUUUCGGAUUUGGGGUUGUGUG